AUGCGGGCGCUUAGCGUACCGGCCAUCCAAGCACAAGCGCGAACAUCGACAGCAGGUGGCAGACAAGAACUGCGAACUAGAAAGGUACACGAAGGUAGACUGCCGCUGGCCCUCAUGCGUUACGUGUCACUCGGCUUCUUCAUUGUCGGCGCUUCGCUGGUGCUCUUCACGCCACAGAUCUGGAAGCAACGUGCGAUACAACACUCUAUUGACUUGCUGGAGCAGUUGCAGAUCCAAGUGGGCGCCGUGCCGGAGGACGCACCACCUGUUGCUGCAGAGGCGCCGGUACCAGGGCAAGAGGAUUCAAGCACGUCGACAGGUGUUGCCUGGGCGUCUCUCAACUUGCCUCAAGUGCCUCAAAAGACUGAACCUCAACCGCCAGCUGCUGCCGGCCCUGCAUCUGUGAUACCGCUCGUCUAUGUCUGGUUCUGUGGGGAAGUCUCCCCCAUAAAUUCAACAGAUCCUCAGACGCUGCGAUGGGAAAUCAAGACGAACUGCACCGUCGGUGAGUACUUUGCCCAAGCAGUGGGCGCCAGCCUCAUCCACGUCCCGAAGGUUGUGCUGAUCUCGGACGUGCCAGCAGCGGAGAAGCUGAAGGCUAGGUAUCCUGCGGAUCUCGCCGAGAAGCUGCAGAUCGUCAACUAUUUCGACUACGUGGACGAAAAGUUCUGGAUAAUCCGGAAACUCUAUGAGGACCAUCUCAAAAUUGUCCGCGGCUACCGCGAACCUUUCGAGAAGUGGAAUGUUCUCAACUUCUUCGUGUUCCGCAGGUGGCUGGAGAAGGAGCGUGUGCCCAGGGCUGGAUUUGCCGAGGGGGACGUGGCUGUCAUGGUACCACCAUUUCUCCCAAAGGGCUGUGACGGGGAAAUCGCCUGGCGCGACAAGUUGGACAGAAACAAACCCUGGGGUCCUUUCCAAUACUGUGCUUUGGCUUCGAUGGGCGGUGUGCUGAGCCUCGACAUCAUGAACGACUGGACUGAUUUCAACAUAGAACUGUAUCGCGAUCACUUCUGGAUUCAGCGGGCCGUCGGGCGAUUUUCCAUCGUCCACGCAAUCAAUCAGAUGCAUACCUGGUAUUUCUAUGCGAUGGGCAGCCUGGACUUCGAAGGUAUGCCGUGGUCAGAUGGGGAGCCCUGGUAUCUUCAGUAUGUCCGUCGCCACCCCAAUUGGACAAGGGAACACAUGUGGAUGAUGAAGUAUGAUGGUCGCGAACUCCCCUACCCCAACGCAACGCUGCCGGCCACCAAGCGCUACCGUCUCUGCAACGGCUAUUGGGCCAGAGAUGGUUAUGUCAUCGAUAGUGCGCACGGGUACAUCCCGGCCUUGUAUCGCAGCGCAAGCGUGGAGGGAAAGUUGACGACAACUUACAGUGGCAGCCAGAUGAUUGCGCAGCUCAACGGGACCGUGACGUUUCGCAACUACCAUUUCCAAGGGCAGGCCAAGAACCAGAUCAAGAACAUCUUUGCAAAGUCCUUCCUGACUCACGGAGGCUUUAAGUGGUGA